AUGAAUUCUACUACAACUAUGGGAUAUUUAUACAGAAAUAUAAUUGUUGAUGAAUUUAAAUGCGUUGAAUAUUUAAAAAGUAAAAACCUUUUAAGUAACAAUCGUUUGGUUUGCUCAAAAAAGAAUAUUGAAGGCACCGAAUGUGGUGGACAAUUACGUGAAACAACAAGGUCCAGUAAAAAAAGAAAUUCGGACGGUACUUUUAAAAAAAUUGUUACUAUGAGGUGUACGAAAAAAGGAUGCCAAACAUAUCAGUCAAUUCGCGCAGGAAAUCCAUUUUUUACUUAUACAGACCUCAAUGGUAAAUGUCAUAGUAAUUUAGCUCUAACAGAAAUAAUAGAACUCGUCUGGUAUUGGGUACAUAUGAUACCAGUACAUAAUGCAGUUUUAUGGACAGGUAGAAGUAAAUCCACUGUAAUUGACUGGUACAAUCUGUGUCGUGAUGUCGUUGUUGAUCAGUUUUCAAAAAGACCAAAAAUGGGAGGUCCUGGUUACAUUGUACAGAUAGAUGAAUCCCUCUUUCAGAAGAAACGAAAAUAUAAUCGCGGUCGCUUACAACGUGGUGAUUACGACCCACGACCACAUGAAGAUAGCGACGAAACUUCAAAUUAUGAAAAUGAAACUCCGGUAGAAAAUAUCCAACGAAAUUAUGGAAAUAGAAUACAGGGACCGUGGGUAUUUGGUUUGUGUUGUAAUAAUGACAACAAAACUGAACGACGGUUUUUCAUUGUAGAAAAGAGGGAUCGACAAACGCUCUUACCAAUAAUAGAAAGAGAGGUAGAAAUUGGUACAACGAUUCACAGCGAUCAGUGGCGAGCAUAUAGUUUUCUGAAGGACCAUGGAUUUAUUCAUCAAACUGUAAAUCAUUUUGAAAAUUUUGUGGAUCCAAAUACUGGAGCUCAUACUCAAACAAUAGAGUCAUUGUGGAAGUUAGUCAAGUCCAAGUACAAUAUAAAAGUCAAUGCCUCUAAGAAAAAAGCUACAGUUUCUGUUCCGGAUGUUCCUUCUACAAGUGUUUCUACCAUGAUAGCUACACAAUCGUCAUCUUUGUCUUUCACAACUGAAUCUUCUCCUAGUAUUGAAUCGACUUCCAUGACUGAAUCGUCUUCCAUUUCUGUUGAUAACAUGACUAACGAGUUCUUAGAUGUGAAAGUUGAUGAAAAUGUUGAUAUAGAAAAACCUACGGAGGCUGAAGCUAGUGAAACUAUGCCUGAAGAUGAAUCAUUUUCCUACAUGAUUGAGCUGGACAAGUAA